CACAAAUCCCGGGUUACAAAACCCGAGGCAGCGGCCCCGGCUCUUCACAUCUCCUCGGUGUCCCGCCGCACAGCUACGGGCUAUGGACGAGUUCUGUAGCGUGGACGGUUCCGAGCCUUUCUGGGACUGGAACCUCACGUGGCACACUCUGAACCCAGACUUCACCCGAUGCUUCCAGAACACGGUUCUCAUAUGGGUGCCAUGUGUCUACCUCUGGCUUUGCAUGCCGUUUUACUACUGGUACCUCAAGAAUCAUGACCGGGGAUAUAUAUGUGUGACCCACCUCAACAGAGCCAAAACCGUUAUUGCUUUCUUGCUGUGGAUUAUCUGCUGGUCAGAUGUUUUCUACUCUUUCUGGGAAAGAAGUCAAGGUGCUGUCAAAGCACCUGUGGAGUACAUCAGCCCUUUGCUGCUGGGAAUUACAAUGGUGCUGGCAGGGCUCCUCACCCAGUAUGAGCGGCUCAAGGGGGCCCAGUCCUCGGGCAUCAUGCUCAUUUUCUGGCUGGUGGCUCUACUCUGUGCCACCGUGUCCUUUCGAUCAAAGAUCCUGCAGGCAGUCAAUGAGGAUGCCACUGUGGACAGGUUUCGCUUCACCACCUUCUACAUGUACUGGGUCCUUGUGUUGGUGGAGCUAGGACUGAACUGCUUCUCCGAUCAACCCCCUUUCUUCUCCAAAGCCGUGAAUGACCCCAAUCCCUGCCCAGAGGCUGGGGCAUCCUUUCUGUCCAACAUCACCUUCUGGUGGAUCACUGGGAUGAUGCUAUAUGGCUUUAAGACACCCCUGGAGGAGAAAGAUCUAUGGUCCCUCAGGGAAGUGGACAAGUCCAGCACGAUCGUCCCACAACUGAUGCGACAAUGGAGCAAUGAGUGGCACAAGGCCCAGAGGCCCCUGGAGAAAGCCCUCUACUCCCCAAAGCGCUCCCUGAGGAGCGGUGGACGGGGCGAGAACAAGGACACAAAGCUGCCAGAGGAGUCGGAAAUUCUGCUUCAAAAGUCAUCAAAGAGAAGACGUGAACCAUCGCUUCUCCUCGCCCUCUGUCUGACCUAUGGCCCCUACUUCCUCAUCAGCACAUUAUACAAAAUCAUCCAUGACAUCCUCAUAUUUGUGGGACCUGAGAUCCUAAGGCUACUGAUCAGAUUUGUGAAUGACUCCAACGCCCCGAUUUGGCAGGGUUACUUCUACACGGCCCUUCUCUUCAUCUGUGCAUGCGUGCAAACAUUCAUCCUGCAGAAGUACUUCCACGUGUGCUUCGUGACUGGAAUGAGGGUUCGCACUGGCGUUGCGGGUGCUGUGUACAGGAAGGCCAUGGUCAUCACAAACGCUGCCCGUCGCACUUCCACAGUGGGCGAAAUCGUCAACCUGAUGUCAGUCGACGCUCAGCGCUUCAUGGACCUUAUCACAUACAUCAACAUGCUCUGGUCUGCCCCUCUGCAGGUUGUCCUUGCACUCUACUUCCUAUGGCAGAAUCUUGGCGCAUCGGUUUUGGCUGGGGUGGCGGUAAUGGUUCUGAUGGUGCCGGUGAAUGCAGUCAUCGCCACAAAGACUAAAACCUACCAGGUUGCUCAGAUGAAGGACAAGGACAGCAGGAUUAAGCUGAUGCACGAGGUACUGAACGGGAUCAAGGUGCUGAAGUUGUACGCCUGGGAGCUGGCCUUCAAGGACAAAGUGUCGGCGAUCCGCGAGAGCGAGCUGCGUGUGCUGAAGAAGAGCGCCUACCUGGCGGCCGUGUCCACGUUCACAUGGGUGUGCGCACCCUUCCUGGUGGCGCUCUCUACCUUUGGAGUCUAUGUGAUGGUGGAUGAGAAGAAUGUCCUGGAUGCUCAGAAGGCCUUUGUGUCCCUGGCCCUCUUCAACAUCCUGCGCUUCCCCCUCAACAUGCUUCCUAUGGUCAUCAGCAGCGUUGUACAGGCCAGUGUGUCCAUGAAGCGCCUGCGCGUGUUCCUGUCCCACGAGGAGCUGGUGGAGGACAGCGUGGACCGCAGGGCUGCCACAGGCUCUUCUGAAAGCAUUGUGGUCACUGAUGGCACCUUCAGCUGGUCCAACGAUGAUCCUCCAUCUCUGAAGAGGAUUAACAUCCGCAUACCUGAUGGGAUGCUGGUGGCUGUGGUGGGCCAUGUGGGGUCUGGGAAGUCCUCUCUCCUCUCAGCCUUGCUGGGGGAGAUGCAGAAGCAGGAGGGCUCUGUGUCCAUCAAGGGCUCGGUGGCCUACAUGCCCCAGCAGGCCUGGAUCCAGAACAAGACCCUCCAGGACAACAUUCUCUUUGGGCGUGAGUUGAAGGAGAGCUGGUAUCGGGAGGUGGUGGAGGCCUGCGCCCUCUUGCCCGACCUGGAGAUGCUGUCUGCUGGAGAUAAAACGGAGAUUGGCGAGAAGGGUGUGAACCUGUCUGGAGGGCAGAAGCAGCGGGUGGGCCUGGCACGGGCCUUGUACUGCGACUGCUCCCUCUAUCUGCUGGAUGACCCCCUGUCUGCUGUGGAUGCUCAUGUAGGGAAGCACAUCUUCGACAAGGUCGUCGGACCCCAGGGCAUCCUGAAGAACAGGACUCGCAUCCUGGUGACCCACGGCCUGAGCUACUUGCCGCAGGCCGAUCUCAUCCUGGUGAUGGUGGACGGUGAGAUCACAGAGAUGGGCUCCUAUAUGGAGCUGCUGGGCCGGCAGGGCGCCUUUGCCGAAUUCCUGCGGACGUAUGCCAACUCUGAACAGCAGGAGGACCGCUCAGCUGGGAGUCUCUCCCGGAGAGACCUGGACAAUGGGGGACCAGCUGCACUGCUGCAACCAGACUCCGGCACAGCAACCCAGCCUGAUGGACCCCUUCAGGGAGCAGACGGCGGCAAGUCCCCGGGGAAACAGGAGAAUCGCCCCCAGGCUGGCAAACUGACAGAAGCAGAUAAGGCCAAGACUGGAAUGGUGAAGCCUGCUGUCUUCUGGGAGUACAUGAAGGCUAUUGGCCUUGGCCUCUCGUUCUUCAGCAUCUUCCUCUUCCUUUGUCACCACGUGGCCUCUCUGAUCUCCAACUACUGGUUGAGCCUGUGGACAGAUGACCCUGUGAUCAACGGCACGCAGCUCUACACGCAUAUGCGUCUAGGAGUGUAUGGGGCACUCGGGGUGACACAGGGGGUCGCUGUGUUCAGCUACUCCAUUUCAGUCUCCAUCGGGGGUGUGAUGGCUUCCCGAUACUUACACGAGACCAUGCUCUACAAUGUCCUGCGCUCACCCAUGUCCUUCUUCGAGCGCACGCCCACCGGAAACCUGGUGAACCGCUUCGCCAAGGAGAUGGACACCAUCGACACAAUUAUCCCGAGCAUCAUCAAGAUGUUCAUGGGCUCUAUGUUCAACGUGGUCAGCACAUGUGCAAUCAUCCUCGUGGCCACACCCCUCAUAGCAGUUGUCAUCCCACCACUCGGCCUGCUGUACUUCUUUGUGCAGCGCUUCUAUGUGGCCACCUCACGUCAGCUGAAGCGUCUCGAGUCGGUGAGCCGCUCACCCAUGUUGUCCCACUUCACCGAGACCUUGCUUGGCACCAGCGUGAUCCGUGCCUUCGGCGAACAGGAGCGCUUCAUCAGCGAAUGCAACAGACAUAUUGACCACAACCAGAAGGCUUACUUCCCAAGCAUUGUGGCCAACAGGUGGCUGGCUGUGCGGCUGGAGUUUGUGGGCAGCUGCAUCGUGAUGUUUGCUGCGCUGUUUGCCGUCGUGUCCAGGGACAGCCUGAGCCCUGGCAUCGUGGGACUGUCGAUAUCCUACGCCCUACAGGUUACUGCCUCCCUCAACUGGCUGGUACGCAUGACUUCAGAGGUGGAGACCAACGUCGUUGCUGUGGAGAGGGUGAAGGAGUACGGAGACACGGACAAAGAGGCUGAGUGGCAGGUGGAGCCAUCCCGCAUGCCCCAGGGUUGGCCAACCAAUGGCUACAUUGAGAUCCGAAACUUCAGCCUGCGCUACAGGGAUGACUUGGAACUGGCCCUUAAAGAUGUCAAUGUCACCAUUGAAGGUGGUGAGAAGGUGGGGAUUGUGGGAAGGACAGGAGCUGGCAAAUCCUCCCUCACUCUGGGGCUGUUCCGCAUCAUUGAGGCCUCUGAGGGAUCAGUCUGGAUCGAUGGCGUGGACAUCGCCAUCCUCGGUCUCCAUGAGCUCCGCUCCCGCAUCACCAUCAUUCCUCAGGAUCCAGUGCUGUUCUCUGGGACGCUGCGCAUGAACCUUGAUCCUUUCAACUGCUACUCUGAUGAAGACCUAUGGCAAGCCCUGGAGCUUGCCCACCUCAAGAACUUUGUGUCUGGGCUGCCUGAUAAACUGAACCACGAAUGUUCAGAGGGAGGCGAGAACCUCAGCCUGGGUCAGCGGCAGCUGCUGUGUCUGGCACGUGCUCUCCUGAGGAAGACCAAAGUUCUGGUCCUGGAUGAAGCCACAGCCGCUGUGGACCUGGAGACCGACAACUUGAUCCAGUCAACCAUCCGUAGCCAGUUCAAGGACUGCACCGUCCUGACCAUUGCACACCGUCUCAACACCAUCAUGGACUACACCAGGGUGCUCGUCUUGGACCGAGGCCAGAUGGCAGAGUUUGACUCGCCGUCUAACCUCAUUGCCAAAAAAGGAAUUUUCUACCGGAUGGCCAAAGACUCCAGCUUGGUGUGACUUUGGAGAGGAAUGUGGCACUACCCCGAGAAGAUGCUGUAUUGCUUUGGGUUUGGUUGAUGGAUUAGGGUUAGGGUCACACCUGCCCCUGCACCCUUAACUUCAUCCACUUCUCUGUACCAGAGUAUGCUGUCCAUUGUUGACCGCCUUUGUCCACUCUUGCAUUCUCAUUCCAUCUACUUCCUGGAGUUCCAUGUUUCUCCUGGGUUUUCUAGGAUUUUUUUUGCAUUUCUGUAACGGCUCACAUGAUCAUGUGUUUCAUAUUCAAGUAGGGGUGUUCUAGAUAUCCUCUUUUUCUCAUCACGCUCAUUCUGAUUUAUGAGUACUUUGCAUUUCGGUUUGAUUUUGAGAAGUCAAGGGUCAGCCACCCAAGCAUCAUAUCACUGCUUGCAAAAUCACACUGCCAUGAUAACAGCCAGAAUGUUUAAAAAAAAAAAAUUAAAAAAAAAAAAGUCUGACGGAGCAAGUUUUCAACAGGGUGCCAGGUGGCACGACUGCUAACUAGUUAAAGCUGAUCUCCAGCCAAUAAAUAAUUUUAAACUUCUACGGUGUUUAAACAUAGAAUGCCAAUUUUUUUUUUUGAAGUUGCCUACCUGGCUCUUGAAGGUGGUCCUGGUGGUUAAAAGUGAUCAGGAAGCCAUAGCUUAGAUGUAUUACCUCAUUGCUGGAAGACAUUGCUUGAUUGAUUUUUAGGCAUUUUUAUUUUUUUGCUUUAUUUUGUUAUCAGAAUCUUGCGCAAAUACUUUGUGAAUCCUUUCAAAGAGUCAAAUGUGCUGGGUUGCAAGGUUCACAUCAAGGUUUAUUUGACAACAUGAGUUUACUGGCUUUAAAUUAUUUUGAAUAUUGCAGCAAAACAAAGUCAGGUUUUCUAUUAAUAUAAAUGUGCGCCUUUUUAAACAAUCAAGCUUGCAAGGCAAAUUUUGAUGUGGUUUGCCACCUAAAUGCCCAAAGAAUCUGCAAUGUGUAAAGAUGGUGUUUGAGAUGUGACACGUCUUGAAGCUGCGUCUCUGCUAGGGUUUAGUUUGACAUCUCCAGCCGGUGUUUGACAGGUCAGCUCCGCAGGGUUGUGACGGACUUCGCAGGGUUAAUGACAAUGGCACAGGUCCUGAAGCUCACAAGAGCGGCUCCUGCUUUGUGUGUAUGAAAUCUGAAAAGGCUUCCAAUGCUGCACAGUGCACAAUUUUGACCCAUCCUUUUUUCUUCUUUUUUGAAAUGCGAAAAUGUAGUCCUGAUCAAACACUGCCCGAGUCACCUCUCUCUAAUAAACUCUGAACAUUCUCCACCCCCCCAACAGUGUACUUUUUGGUUGGUGUUGCACAGUGCCCAUACGCAGUUGCUCGUCAUUAGCCUCCUCCAGCCGCUAACUGUGACCAGAUUUUGGGAUCCGAGUCACUGAAACGGCAGCCUUGGGAGGUUUGCAUGCUGACGUCAGGCAGCGACACAGCUGUGGGGCCAUUGAGGUUUUUGGUGCACUUUCGGGUGGAGAAUCCAAACCCAUCUUAAGAGGUUCCCAUCUCUCUUUCCCCCCCCCGACUGAAGUUGGCAGUUCCGUGAGUGCAAACUGCUUGAGUCUUGACAGAAGCUGUCAUGGCAUAUGUAGCAUUGGCAGACUUUUCCUGUCUGCACCAAGUAAAAGCCCAUCAAUGUUGGGUUUUUUUUUUUUUUUUUUUUUUUUUUUUUUCUUUCUUUCUUCCCCUCUCCCUCUAACCAGCAUAUACUUGUGCCAUUUGUUCGUCAAACUUGACUGCACCUCGCCUCAGGUGACCGCUUGAUUGUGCAUCCAGUGACUACAGGGGCAUUUCUGAGCGCACACUCUGGAAAGCACUUGCUUUUUUCCUUCUGACGACACAAUGCAAGAAACAACCCAUCGAGACGUGGGCCGAGAUUGUACAGUUUCUAAUAUUUAUAACAUUGUGUAUUUGUUUACAUUUAA